CAUGUGGGUAUGUAGGUAUUAUGGCUUGCUUCAAAAGACGACUGUUUUUCUGUUAAAAAAUAAGAGUAUUAUUUCAUACACAGCAAAAGAAAUGGUGUGAUUGUUUGAUUGAACAAAUAUGUUGGAGACAAACUUUAAACUUUGUUGGGAGACCUAUAAAAACAAUUUAAGUGAUGGCUUUUUCAAAUUACAACAGAGGCAGGAAUUUGUGGAUGUUACAUUAGCUGCUGGUGGACAUUUGGUCAAAGCUCAUCAAAAUAUAAUCGCUUUGGCAAGCCCUUAUCUAAAAGAAAUGUUAAGAUCGGCACCAUGUCAACAUCCAGUUAUAUUUUUAGGAUCUAUAAGCCAUUCAGUGUUAUGCUGCAUAUUGGAAUAUAUCUACAGCGGAGAAGUCAAUGUUCCUAGUCACUUGCUACCUGCCUUUGUUGAAGCUGCUAAACUAUUGCAUAUUUCAGGCAUCAAGGACCUUCAAUUGCCUGAGGCUAACUCUGACCAACGGCCAACCAAACAAAAUAAAUCUAGUCAGCUUCAUUCUAAAAAUAGCCAACCUAUUCAAGACACUGAAACUAAUAAAAAUUCUGAACAUUCCAGUGAAAAUUGUGUUAAUAUUGUAAAUAUGGAUCUAAGACACCAUUCCGACUUGGAAGUAAAUCCUAUAGAAUGUAAUGAAGAAAAUGUUCAUUUGGAAAAUUUUAAAUAUGAUGAUCAUUCAACAUCAAGACUUUCAGAAGUUCAUUCAGAAAACUUUGUACCAAGCAUUUCUGAAGGUACUAUAAAUAACUUUGAGUCAAGUGCUCCUGAUGAGGAUCCAAAUAAAUAUGAACAAAACAUUUCUGAUGUUAAUUCAGAUAACUUUGCUCAAAUUACUUCUUAUAAAUAUGAGACAAGUCAACAUGAAUUAGAAAAUAAUGAGAAAUGUGAUAUGGAUCUAGAUUUUGAAGACCUUAUUAAAAUUGAUCCUGUCUCGAGAGUACCUGGUACAGCGACUGUGACUACACAUGGUGAUCAAACAAAGAAUAAUAUUGAAAAGAAAUCUACUGCAAUUGAUUAUCAAAUUGAAACAGCACCUAUAAUAAUUGAUUGUUCUGAUAAUACUAAAAAACCAAAAAAGACUUGUGAAAAUUUAGGUGUUACUCCACUUUAUACAAAAUCAAAUAGAGGGUCUUUGCAGAUGGUAAUGAAUAGAUUUGUUUACUAUUUACAUCACUCGUCACGUUUACAACAAAAACGAAGGUGGAGAUGUAUUAAUUAUCGUAAAAUGCGUUGUCCGGCAUUUAUUGAUACAAAUGGCGAAAUAAUUCUAUGCAGGAAAAAUCCUCAUAAUCAUAAAUUUCAAGACGAAGAAAUAUUUAAAAUGGGAAGAAGAAAAGAAUUUUAUACCUCCAUAGCAGAAGCUACUGACUCCAAUGUUCGCAUUAGCGAACAAACAAACGACUCCGAUCAAGAUGAAACUACUGGCCAAAAUACAGAAAACCAAAACAUGUUUCAAAUAAAAAUUGUGUAUCCUAAUUGAUCCAAUAAAUAAACAAUGUUUUUAAAACAA